AUUUGUAUAGGAUUACGAUAUAAGCGUUUACAAAAACAAGAAAAAGGUGAAGAUGAAGAAGAAAACAGAAACAGAGAGAGAGAGAGAGAGAGUUACUUAAGCUUUGCUCUGUUUCAUUUGCCUUUUGCUUGCUUGUUGGGAGCUUCGUUUUGAUUCAUUGGCUCUCUUUUUCUCCCAAAUUAAUUACUAUUCCAGCCCAUUAUCCAUUUUUUUAAAUCGUUUAGCCGAAAUUAUUACAGUUACUAACUCAUCACUCGUCGUUGUUUCGAUCGGAUCUGAAAAAGGAACUCAGAAAACAAUACAAAGAAAAAGCAGUUCCCAAUGCAAAGCUGUGACUCUUUUUGAGCGAGUUCACUUUUCGUCAAUAAUUAUGACAGAUCAUUCAUUCUUCUGCAUAUUGUAAUCAGUGUCUAAUACCAAAGAACACAAUGGAGGCACUUGUUGAUGGAAUCAGUUCCUUGCCACACGAUCACAAUGCUUUCACUGCUGUUGAGUGCAAUAUGUCUUCUGCAACCCUCACAUCCCGUGAUAAUAUAAAAAGUGAUGAUGUCUCUGAAUCAACGAGACACCAUUCUGAAGCAGAUGAAGGGAAAAAGGAAUUAAAGGGAACAGAAGAUACCGGCAAUCAAAUGGCAGACGGUUGUUCAGGAGAGCAGGUUUUAACCUUUGAAACUAAAUCAUCUACCAAGGAUUUACAUAAUGGUUUUACUUCAAAUGCUGCUGCCAAAGCAGCUGGCAAUCAUUUAAAAAUCGAGUUGCCACCUCAAUCAGGAAUCAGCUUUUGUCCUAGUCCACAAAACAGCUUUUAUUCCGCUACACAAUACACAGAAGCCAAACAAAGUUUCUCCAACACAGAAGUCAGUGAAUGCAUUAGCAGCACUGUGGACAAGUCUGGUGAAAGUGGUGAUGUUAGUAACUCAUGCGAUUUCGUUGAGAGCAGAAAGACAAGCUUCAACAGAGGCAGCACGGGUAGUGACGUUAGUGAAGAAAGCAGCUCUAGUAGUCUCAAUAGCGCAACAUAUAAACCGCAUAAGGCAAAUGAUACAAGGUGGGAUGCAAUUCAAGCCAUUAGAACCCGUGAGGGAACGUUGGGCUUCAACCACUUCAGACUUUUGAAGCAAUUGGGAUGUGGUGAUAUAGGAAGUGUUUUUCUAGCAGAGUUGAUUGGAACAACAAGUUUCUUUGCGAUGAAAGUGAUGGACAAGGCAGCUCUAGAAAGUCGCAAGAAACUUGUAAGAGCUCAGACUGAAAGAGAGAUAUUGCAGUCUUUGGACCAUCCAUUUCUACCAACACUGUAUUCACACUUCGAAACAGAUAAAUUUUCCUGCUUGGUUAUGGAAUUUUGCCCUGGGGGUGAUUUGCAUGCACUUAGGCAAAAACAGCCCGGGAAAUUUUUUCCCGAGCAUGCUGCCAGGUUUUAUGUGGCUGAAGUUCUUCUUGCACUAGAGUACCUGCACAUGCUUGGAAUCAUUUACAGAGACCUUAAACCAGAGAACGUUUUGGUACGAGAAGAUGGUCAUAUAAUGCUUUCUGAUUUUGACCUUUCCUUGAGGUGUGCUGUUAGCCCAACUUUAGUUAGAUCCUCAAAUUCAAGCUUAGAGUCCAAGAGCUCAUCCUACUGUAUCCAGCCAUCUUGUGUCGUACAGCCCGCAUGUAUCCAACCUUCAUGUUUUACACCGCGUUUUCUAAGCAAACCCAAGAAAGAAAAGAAGUCCAAACCAAAGACUGAAAUAUACAACCAAAUGAACCACCCUCUUCCGGAACUCCUUGCGGAACCAACGAGUGCUCGAUCUAUGUCUUUCGUGGGGACACACGAGUACCUGGCUCCUGAAAUUAUUAAAGGUGAAGGACAUGGAAGUGCUGUAGAUUGGUGGACAUUCGGGAUCUUUCUCUACGAGCUCUUGUUUGGACAAACUCCGUUCAAGGGAGCGGGCAAUAGGGCAACAUUGUUUAACGUUGUUGGUCAGCCCUUGAGAUUUCCUGAAACACCUACUGUUAGUUUUGCUGCAAGGGAUUUGAUAAGAGGUUUACUUGUGAAGGAGCCACAGCAUCGCCUUGCAUAUAGGCGCGGGGCUACUGAAAUAAAACAACAUCCUUUCUUUCAGAACGUAAACUGGGCACUUAUACGAUGUGCUAGUCCUCCAGACGUACCCAGACCGUGCAUGACAUAUGAUAUGCCCCGAACACUACCAGCAGGAAAGGUGGCAGGUGUUGAUGUGAAACCUUCAGGUAAUUAUUUCGAGAUUGAUUUCUUCUGAGUAAUUCUUUUCCUUGGCAGCUAUGUCCCCCUGCAGUUAUACGAAGAGCCACGUUGAAGAAACACCUGUUUUUUGUGUUCAUUUGAUUAUGCAAAUGUAAAGUGCAGACUCUGUUGAAAUGCAAAUUGGAUGUUGAAGGCCA